AUGGCCGACGAAGCACUCCCACCCCGCGACCCUGAGACGAUCCUCUCCUCCAUCCUCUCUCUAACCGAAAACCGCAUCGUGCCCCUCACCCGCCGCGGCGUGGCCUCGGGCUGCAAACUCUUUGGCGCCGCCAUCCUCUCCUCGGCGACCCUCGAACCCUUGACCGUCGCCACCAACGACGAGCGCGCCUCCCCCUUGCUCCACGGCGAGAUUAACUGCAUCCAGCAGUUCUUCACCACCACCUUCCCGGACCCCUCGACGCGGCCGAGCCCGCGGACCGACUGCGUCUUCUUCGCCACGCACGAGCCCUGCUCCCUCUGCCUCAGCGGCAUCGCCUGGUCCGGCUUCCGCGAGGUGUACUACCUCUUCACCUACGAGGACAGCCGCGACCUGUUUGCGAUCCCGCACGACAUCAACAUCCUCGAGCAGGUCUUCCGCGUCAGAGCCGAGGGGGAGGGGGACGAGGCGCUGGGCAGGAGGCCGCUGUAUAACCGCGCCAACAAAUUCUUCACGGCGCGGAGUCUGGCGGAUCUGGUCAAGGAGCUGCCGGACGGCGAGGACAGGGCGCGUUGGGGGCGGGAGAUGGAGCGUGUCAAGGGGCUGUAUAACGCGUUGAGUGACACGUACCAGGAGGGUAAGAAGGCCGGCGCGGAAAGCUCUAGCGUGUGGAAGUAG